AUGAAAGCAACAUCCAUACUUGAGCAGCUCGCCAACGAAGGCCACAGCGACAGAAAAUCAGUAGACAGACGCAUGGCAUUCGAGUGGUACAGCAAGUCGGCCAGCCAAGGCAACUCCAACGGGCAGUGGAUGGACUACACCAAGGCAGUCGAGUGGUAUCGCAAGUCGGCCGAGCAGGGCAAUCGAUACGGACAAGAUUAUCUCGGCCUUUGCUACCAGGUUGACGCUGGUGUCCCCGAGGACGCCAAUACCGCCGUUUUCUGGUAUCGCAAGUCCACUGAGCAGGGAUUCCGAUAUGCCAGCUUCAACCUCGAGCAACUCGGCAAGUGGCCCUGA